AUGUUUGACCGUAUCCGCGGAAAAUCGCCAUCAAGGCACUCGAAAACCGAGUCUACAGAUUCCGCCCUGGGCAGCACCUCACCCAAUCUGGCACCACCAGCACCACCAACCUACACAGCGCCUUCAUCAUGGCCAUCAGCAUCGCCAUCAGCGCCGUUCCAAACGCGCUUUGCCUCGCUCUCACUGCACAUGGAAGACCGGCUACGCUUCCUGCGGUUCCCGGAGCCCAUCAUCUCAGCAUGCCGCAACGCGAUUCUGACCAACUGGCCGUCUGGCAUUUCCAGCGAGCGGCCGUAUGCAAACGCGCACGAGAUCAAGCUGAAGGGGUAUCCGUGGUCCGGGUACGGGCAGGAUGCGGCGCACGCGCGGCGCAUGGUCAAGAGCAUUUUGUCGACGCUGCAUGCGUGGGGCUGGCUGCUCACGCUCAACACGGAUAUCAGCAAGACGGCCACGGACAAAGAUACCAUGUUGUUUCGGUACCAGGCGCCGCCGCCCGCGCGCCACGAGUGGUGCAGUAUAGCGUUUUCGCGCCAGAGCCGCUUGCGCUUUAUUGAUUGUCCCCCCUCGGUUUAUGCGUCGCUGCCGGAUAGGGUGGGACCGGACUGGAUUAAGGGACAGAGCGAGUAUGCGCCGGGGAUCUGGGAGUUUGAGUUGCAUGGUUAUCCGUGGUCGUCGACGGGGAAGACGACCAUGCAGGUCAGGGAGCUGUUGAUGGCUCUGGUGGAGAUGUUGGAGGAGGAAGGGUGGAGUGUGUAUGCCAGUAUCGAUCAGAAGAGUGGCGCGGGUCAGGGGACGAGUGAGACGGAUACUUGGUACUGCUGUAAGUUGAAAGGGUGGGAAAAGGGCAUGCCUGUCUAUCUGAGAUGA